AAACAGUUUGCAAGGGGUAGUUUAAAGAAUAUUAAGCCGAAACAAAAUAUCGUUUUUAGCUACUUUAAGUUGACCUCUCAAGGCUCCAGUUUUGAUUCUUGGGCAUACAAAUCUUCAUUUCAGACCAUGGUCACAAAAUAAAAAUUGUACAAGGACGUUUUCGAGAAGAUUUUAAGCUGUAUGUGUCGAUUGUUGGUGUUCAGGAAUUAGCAAGCUAGUUAGCACUAGCCUAGAAAUAUUAGCUAGCUAACUAGCCUAGCUUGCUAACGUUAGCUUCAAGUAGUCUGAUUUACAACUGAGAUGUUUGCAGUAUUUAUUGGAUGUCUACGGACGGCAGAUUGCUGAACCAGAGGGCCUCAAAUGGGAAAAACAAGCAUCGGACAGGAAUAUCGGGGAUAAGCUUCUCGACGUAACUCAGAUUCCGUUGAAGGAUUCUUUGGACUUCCCUACUGCAGCCCUUUUUUAAAGCAGGAUUUUAACGUCACCCAUCCGCAGACAGCCAUGGAAUCGUCUCAAUGCACCCCUUGUCCUGUGAGCGCCCAGGCUGUCGUGGAUCCCGUGCCCCUGCUGUUCAACUGACGGUCGAUGACGAUGCGAUGGAAGCGUGAAUGAGGUUUGGCGUGGCGAUAGCUGAACGAUGCCCAAGGGUGGGGGUUCAAAAACCCCCCAGCUGGAAGACUUCCCACUCAACACUGACAUGGUGGAGAAGCAGAGUGGGAAGAAGGAUAAAGUAUUGUCAAACAAGACUCCUAAAUUGGACCGCAGCGAUGGCGUCAAAGAGAUGAAAGAGAAGGCAUCCAAGAGGAAGCUUCCCUUCACUGUUGGAGCCAAUGGAGACCAGAAAGAUUCUGACUCAGAAAAGCAAGGUCCGGAACGGAAGCGCAUUAAAAAGGAGCCCACCAACACCAGGAAGUCAGGCCUGCCGUUUGGGAUGGGCAUGCCAGGGAUCCGGGCCGGGUACCCCCUCUCUGAGCGGCAGCAGGUGGCUCUUCUCAUGCAGAUGACGGCUGAAGAGUCAGUCAACAGUCCAGACACAACACCAAAGCAUCAGUCACAGUCAAGUCUGGGCCAGAAGGGAACGCCAAACUCUGCAUCUAAAACCAAAGACAAAGUAAACAAGAGAAAUGAGAGGGGCGAGACGAGGCUGCACCGGUCAGCCAUCCGCGGAGAGGCACGCCGCAUCAAGGAGCUCAUCAGUGAGGGAGCGGACGUGAAUGUAAAAGACUUCGCAGGCUGGACUGCACUGCAUGAAGCGUGCAACCGAGGCUACUACGACGUGGCCAAGCAGCUGCUGGCAGCCGGUGCAGAGGUCAACACCAAGGGCCUGGACGACGACACCCCUCUGCAUGACGCAUCAAACAACGGGCACUUCAAGGUGGUAAAGUUGCUUUUAAGGUAUGGAGGGGACCCUCGACAAAGCAACAGAAGGGGUGAAACCGCGUUGAAGGUUGCGAACUCCCCAACGAUGCUCAAUCUGUUGCUUGGAAAAGGCACGUAUACCUCCAGUGAGGAGAGCUCGUCAGAAUCCUCAGAGGAAGAAGAUGCCCCAUCGUUUGCCCCAUCCAGUUCGGUUGAUGGCAAUAACACAGACUCAGAGUUUGAGAAGGGCCUGAAGCUGAAAGGGAAGAAAGGUCUGGAUCAGCCCCUAUCCACAACAACCACCCCCGUCAAGGACGAGUAUGAGUUUGACGAGGAUGAUGAGGAAGAGCGCGUCCCUCCGGUGGACGACAAGCACUUGCUCAAGAAAGAGUUCCGCAAGGAGUCUCCCAGUGUCACCAAGGCUGGCGGCUUAAUUUCAGUACCGGAGGGGGAGGUGGUCAAAACCUAUUCCAAAAGCAACUCGCUCACACCAAAGAAGGCUGUUCGACGGAUUCUCUCUGACAGCUCAGACGAGGAUGAUGGGACGUUGUGUUUCACACCUAUGCCCACACCACGGCAACCAGCGCCACCUACUAAUACCAAGGCCCGGGACUCUGCUACACUGAGCUCUAAACAGCAGAAAGAGAAGACUAAAGUUAAGAAGAAGCGGAAGAAGGAGACAAAGAAUAACGUCAGUAAGGAGGUCAGAUUUGGUAAAGUCAAUGACAAAUUCUGCACUUCUGACUCUGAUUGUGGGGACAUAGGGAGUGAGGAUGAUGAAGGCUCUAUGAAGAGCUCAAACUGUAUAAAGGACUCCACAAUGAGCCUAAAAGAAUCCUCUGCGUUCAGUACUCACUCUGCAUCGUCUUCCUCUUCUUCUCAUGGAAGCAUGAGCUCUCAGAAACUGACACCCUCGCUGACAGAGCAUAACCCAAAGCAGUGGAGGACAGAUGGCUGGAAGACUGUGUCAUCUCCUGUAUGGUCAGAUGUAAGCUCCCUCUCUGACUCGGUUAGAACAAGGCUUUCCAGUGAGUCGGACUACUCCUCUGCCGACUCGAGUGUCGAGUCAGUGAAACAGGUGAGAAAGAAAGCACAGGAAAACAGAAAGAAAAACAAUGUGCACACCAAUGCACUAGACAAAAAGAACUCUGACUUUCACAAGAACUCCAACACAGAUAGUACGGUCUCCAAAGCGGAUAAAGAUGGCAAAGUGUUGAAAAAGCAUAAAGUCAAACACAAGCACAAAAACAAAGAGAAAGAAAAGGCUCCCAGUUUAGUGCUCAAUCAAGACAUGAACGAGAAAUUUGUUAAAAGCUUCUCGUUUGAUUUUGAUGAUUCAAGGCAAAAGUCACUCCUUGUUGAGACUGAGUCCCCAGCUGAAAGCAAGGUCAAGCUGUCGAAACAUGAAAAAGAGCAUUUGAAAAAGGAGGACAGGUUGUCGAAAGGCAAAUCUGAGGACAGAGACUGGUCUUCUGGAAAAGAGGUGCAAAGAACUGCUAAAGAGGAGAAAUCCAAGAAAACAAGAGAGUCCACCAAGGAGAAGCCAAGCAAGGAGGAGAGGGAAAAGCCCUUGAAAACUGAAAAAGAAAAGAGCCUCAAGGAAAAAGAGAAGCCCAAGGAGGAGAAACAACAAAAGACUCAUAAAGAGGAGAAGAAGAAAAAGUCAAAGGACAAGUCAUCUAAACCAGACAGGAAGAGCAGUGAGCAAAAAGAAGAAAAACAUAUUAAGGUGGAUAAGGAGAAAAAUGCCAGGGAGGAGAAGGAAAAAUCUAAGAAAGAAAAGGUUCUGAAGGAAGAGCCUGAUUAUGAAGUCUAUGAUGUCAGUAACCGUUUCUUAAACCUAGAAGACACCAAGCUCAGUGCCUCAGACGACCACCACGACCGAUGGGCGUCAGACCUUUCCUCUGACUGCGACCUAUAUGGAGAUGACAGCUGGGAUGCUCCUCCUGUGAAGGACUACAAAGAAUAUAAAGCAAACAACACUGUAAAGCUGAUCGUUGAGACUGAAAAAAUAGAGAGCAGAGACCGGAGGAAGGAGAACAAAAUCAAAGACAAGAAAUUAGAUCAUAAUGACAAACGGUCAGAGAAAGAGCCUACCUCCAAGAAGAAAGAGAAAGACUCUUCAGAAAGAAUCUGUGACAAGAAAAAGGAUUUGACCGAAAAACAGAAACUCAACUCCAGUCACUCUGUGGAAAAGGAGAAGAAACGAAAGGAAUCAGCAGAUACUGUCAAAGAGAAGAAAGAGAAGGACUCCACGGACAGCAGUAGAGACCGAAAAGAUUCCUAUGAGUUCACUAAAGAAAGAAAGGACUUGAAAAUCAAACAGGAGUCUAUAAGAGACGAUUAUGGGAAUGAGGCCUCCUUCAAAGAAAUUGAACCUGUCAGCAAACCAUGUGAAAUUAGAGAAAGGAACCACUCUGGAAAAGAGAAGGACAGAAAGGGAGAUGGGGUGGAAAAGAGAGAAAAGACUAAAGCUGACAAACACAAGGAAAAGCCUAAAGACCGAUCUAUAGAACAGGAUAAGGAGAAGCCUGAGAGGACCUCAACUGAGAAGCUUUUGAAAGAAAAGGACACAGACAGAGGCUCUAAAGACAAACACAAAGACACACACAGCAAAGACAAGGACAGGAAGGUGUCUUCAGAACAAACUAAGGACAAGAAAGAAAAGGCUUCGCAGGAUAAGCAUGCUGACCGGGAUAAAGAUGUCCUUGAGGUGAAGAAGGAGGAGCGAAAACCGGAGAAAGUUAAACCUGAGAAAACAUGGUACAAGAUCGCAGACAUUUUCACAGAUGAAAGUGAGGAUGAAGAAGACAAUUACAAUGGGGGUGUGGCCAAGUUAAGUGAUUCCCUUGGGUUGUCCGAUUCUCACAGGAAAGACUCCACAUCUGACAGGGAUGAGCUUGAUCACUUCCAAACGGAAAAACCCAGAAAAUAUUCUGCUGAGGCCAAACACACAACAGAAAAACAGAAAGAAAAAGACCACAAGAAAAAAGACAAGACCACAUUUGAUAUGGGGAAAGAGAGGAAGGGUUCCUUAGAGAAACACAACAAAGAUAAGAAAGUAAAGGAUUCUGUUGAUGCAAAACACAAAGAACGCAAAGACAGAAUGUCUGUGGACUCAAACCAAGAGAAGAAAAACAAGCAGAAGCUGUUGGACAAGAGGGACGCCAAUGAGGAAAAGACCAAGAGUAAAUAUAAAGACAAGCAAGAUCAUGUUAAUGACAGAAAGCCCUCAAAGGGGAGUGGGGAAAAUGAAAAGUCGCUCUUGGAGAAACUGGAAGAAGAGGCCAUGAAUGACUACAAGGAUGACUCCAAUGACAAGAACAGUGAGUUAUCCUCAGACAGCUUCACUGAUCAGGUUCAUGAGCCAGUGCUCAGCAGCUACUAUGAUUCCUCCAACAUCAGCCUUCCAGACAUUACUGAUGAGAGACGAGACUCACUCUCCAUAUCUAAUCCUCAAGACAAGUUCAGAGAGAAAGAGAGGCACCGGCAUUCAUCUUCGUCAUCCUCCAAAAAGAGUCACGACAAGGAGAAGGACAAAGUCAAGAAGGAAAAGGGGGAUAAACAAGACAAGAUAGAGGAAAUAAGAGAAUCCUAUGGACGCAGAGAAAGUCUGCCCUUCGAGAAAGAGCCUAUGCCAUUAGAAGCGGACCCUUACACAUUUCCAUUUGGGUCUAAGGGUGAUAAAGAUGAUUUUGAGAAGACAUUGGAGUUUGAAAAGGAGAUGUCUAAAAAAGCUGACAAAGACAAACUGAGUACUGUCAUCAGUGAUAAGAUCAAGGACAAAAAGAAAAAAGAGAAACAUAAGGAGAAAGUCAAAGAGGAGAAGCACAAGUACACGGAUGGCUUUGGAUCCCUUAAACACUCCAAGGAGGAUAUCAAAUCUGGAUUGAAAGAGAGUCCUCAAAUUACCAAUUUGAAGGAAAGAUCAAAGGAAGACGGUCCCAAAUUUGAUGUGAAAAAAGAGAGAAACCGAGACUCUUUGGACAAAGACAGUAGGGUGGACCAUGUUAAGUCCAAGGUUAAAGAAGAAAAUGAAAAAGUAAUUCAAUCUAAAGACACAGCUCGCAAAGACAACCGUCCACGUUCAAAGCUUCUGGUUGAUGGGGAUCUCAAACUAACCAGCUUUGGGCAAAUGUUAGGUUUAAAAGACCAGGAGAUUGAAGAACGCCAUAAGAAGCAUAAGGAGAGGAUGAAGCAGAUGGAGAAACUAAGACACAGAUCAGGGGAUCCUAAACUUAGGGAUAAAACGAAGUCCACUGAGGAAAUAAAGAAAAAUCGCAAUGAACUAUCAUCCAAAAAAUCAAAUAGUUUAGAAUCUGCAUUGAAAGAGAAGAAGCUCAAAGAUGUUGGUCUCCCAGCUCAAAUUAUGUCUCCAGAAAGAAAGCCACAACCCAUUGACACUCAAAAUUCAAAGGACUGGCUUGCAGGCCAUCAGAUGAAAGAAAAUCUCCCUGCCUCACCUCGGCAAGAUCAAAAUAGACCAACGGGUGUUCCCACCCCCACAUCUGUAAUCUCUUGUCCCAGCUAUGAGGAAAUCAUGCAGACGCCACGGACUCCAUCCUGCAGUGCAGAGGACUACCCUGAUAUAAUGUUUGAUGGGUUAGAUUGUCAGAACUCAUCAGCCAUGGCCAUGUCAAUGAAUGCCUGCUCCCCAUCCUUCUUUGACAGGUACUCCAACUCAUCACACACCUUCCAAGAAGGGACUUGUAUAACUCCAGCUAAGAAUCUCCAGUUGCCCCUUGUCAGUCGAUCGGCUUCGUCUGAUGUUAGAAGACCCCUGGAAGAUGAGUUCAAAGCUGAAGCUGGCAAGUUUCUACAACACAUUUUGCCAGACGCCUCUGAGUUUGACUUGGCAGCCUCCCAGCCUCCAGAAGACAAGUCAGCAUCAGUGGAAAGACUUGAAUGCCUGUCUCCUCCUUACUUCUCACCUAUUAGGAUGCUGUCUCCCGGGCUGGAACUUGCCCAGCCUGCACUAGAUGGGGCCACCACAGCAAUGGCUGGCACAGAGACCUGUGAACACCUAUCUGAGAGUGUCUACAACAACUUCCUGAUGAAGCCCUCAACGCCAGUCCACAGACCUGACCCCCAGGAGCCAUGUCUGGACAUUGCUGCUCCACCCACCCCUGCACCUGCUGCUCUUCCUCCUCUGGAUAUUGAUGACCUUUCUGAGCCUCAUCAAAGUGAGCACAGUCUUGUUCCCUCUGACCCAGUCAGUGGCAGUGAGUAUCUGCCCCCUGUUGUUGAGGAGGAGGAGGAGGAGGAAGAAGAGGACUACGAAGAGGAGGGGGAGGAGGAGGAAGAUGAAGAAGAGGAGGAGGAAGGGGACCUUGAAGAACCAACAGAUGCUGAUCAUCAUGCUGCUGAGGAGACGAGGGACGUCUGCUCAUUCUCUCCUCCAAGGGUUGAAGAGCCUUUGCGGAAGGGCUGGGCUGAAUCUCCUGAGAGAAGAGUUGCAGAGGUGCAUCAGUUGACUCCCCCACAUCCACUACCCAACCUGGUGGAGAACUCUAGUGAUCAUACCAUCAGCUGGAACUCUGAGAUGAUUUUGAAAUCUCCUCAAAGGACUUAUGGGGAAAUAGAGGCAGCGGUCUCCAAGAUAACCAGCCCCUUCUCGCAUUCAGACAGUGAUUUGCAGCACAUUACUGCCAUACCUGGCCAUCCAUCAGUGACCCCUCCAUAUGCUGCUUACAGGUCUUAUGUGCCUGACCCUGACUUUGACGAGCAAAAAGAGGCUGUGGAGGACAUUCCAAUUUCUCCAGCAAGACCUGAAAUGACACCUAUGGAAUUGGAACCAAACUACUUGACAACCACCUCAUCCUCCACAAGGUUAGAGUCUUUCUUCACAGACUGCAAGCCAAACUUGGAGGAUAAUCACCAGAUGGACUCAGAGCUUUCUUGUGCAGUACAAGAUGGCAGACAAAACUCCCAUGGCUUUACUUCUGAGAGCCAUAUACCUCUAGCAGUAAGCAACGAGCCAGUGGUGCCCUGGACAGACCCGUUCUCAGCUACAGUGGAUGAGCUUGAUGAUCUUGGCCCUUUCUCUCUACCUGACCUCCCUUCUCUCUCCCUCCCGACCUCCCUGCCAGACAAGGAGAUGCCAGAGCUUGACGUCAGAGAUGCAGAGCCAGCCGACUACAAGCCUCCACCUGCUCAUAUAAGGCCUCCUGCGAUUGAAACAAUAGAGGGUGAAGAGCUUAUGGAAGUUGACCUGCCUAUCCUGGCCAAACCCCUGUGCCCUUCCGCGGUCCUACCACUCAAUGAUUCUUUGCAGGAUUUGGUUGUGCCCUCACCAACACACAAUUUCCAACCAGAAUUUGAGUCUGAGCCUCAGAAUGUCCCUGAAAAUAACUUUGUGAAACCACAGGUCUUUGAAAACAGAGCCACAUAUGAAGAGACUGAUGAGAGUGAUGGAAACAUGAUGUUCUCAGCUGUUAAUACAAACAAUACUCAGCAUCACAGGCAGAUGUCACUGACCGAGUCAUUAUCAGUUGUAAUUACUCCAUGUAUGGACUCCUUGACAACUGUUAAAACAGAACAAAGUGGGCAGAUAUCAGAUCCCUUUGUUGGGCCAACUUGCAGUCCAGUCCCCUCAGUUCCUCUGCCAGUUGCUGUCACGAUUUCUGGUACAGUCCAUGUUUCGGAGGCUCUUGAGACAACAUCUAAGCUCACGGUCACUCUGACAACAUUGGCAACUGACCUUCCCAAGAAGGUGGAGGAGAUCCCACAGAGGAUGACCAGAAACAGGGCCCAGAUGCUGGCAAAACAGGAGAAUACCACCACCACCACCACCACCAAAAAGCAGAGUAGUAGAGUGGUAGCAGAGAGUACAACCACCACCACUAUACCUGCUAGCGUGAUACCUCCAUCUGCCCCUACCCCUGUCACCAUGAGCAUGGCUGUAACCACAACCACCCCUAUUCCCACCCCUACUUUUGUCCCCUUUGUUGUUCUGGAGAAAGAAAAGGAACUUGUCACCACCAUCUCCACCACAGCAGCCAUUACCCCGACUCCCCAGCCGCCGCCUCCUGUAGUGGUCAGCAAAACUAAAGGGCGGCCUGUGGAGGAAGAGGAAUCCCAGACGCAGCAUCCACGCAAGAGAAAGUUCCCCAAACCGCAGGUUCAGCUGGUCAACACAGCCAUGCAGCAGACCAGGGAGAUGAUUCAACAGACGCUGGCUGUCAUUGUCAAUGCCAUCAAACUGGAUGACAUAGAACCCUACCACAGUGACCGCUCUAACCCUUACUUCGAAUACCUGCAGAUACGGAAAAAAAUAGAGGAGAAGAGGAAGAUCUUGUGCUACAUCACACCACAGGCCCCUCAGUGCUACGCUGAGUAUGUGACCUACACAGGCUCCUACCUGCUGGAUGGCAAGCCUCUCAGCAAGCUGCACAUCCCUGUGAUUGCUCCACCUCCAUCGUUAUCGGAGCCCCUGAAGGAGCUCUUUCGACAGCAGGAGACAGUGAGGGGGAAGCUCAGACUGCAGCACAGCAUAGAGAGGGAAAAGCUUAUUGUCUCGUGUGAGCAAGAAGUACUGCGGGUCCAUUGCAGAGCGGCAAGGACGAUAGCCAAUCAGGCCGUCCCAUUCAGUGCCUGCACUAUGUUACUGGACUCUGAGGUGUACAACAUGCCAACAGAGAGUCAGGUGCGUCUGUGGGUGGUCAAAAAGGGUGAUGAGAACAAGUCAGUGAGAGAUCGAUUCAAUGCUCGCCAGUUCAUUUCCUGGAUUCAGGAUGUGGAUGACAAAUAUGACCGCAUGAAGACGUGUCUGUUAAUGCGGCAGCAGCAUGAGGCAGCUGCCCUGAACGCGGUGCAGAGGAUGGAGUGGCAACUGAAGGUGCAGGAGCUGGACCCUGCUGUACACAAGUCUCUGUGCGUCAACGAGGUCCCCUCCUUCUACGUGCCAAUGGUUGACGUCAACGAUGACUUUGUGCUGUUGCCCGCGUGACAGAAACAUGCACUCGUUCACAGAGUUAGAGGUCAAAUAUCAUCACUUUUCAAAGAGACAUCAAACAGAACGUAUGGUAAGGGCUAGCCGGUUUGAAGAGGAAUAAAACCUAUAUAUUAUAUAGAAAAAAUUCAAAGAAAAAAAAACUUGCUAAUGAUUCUCUUCCAUGAGAGGAGGAAGCAUAUUUUUACCGGGGAAAAACACAACUUGCACUUUCAUCCCUCAAGUUUUUAUGCUUUUGUUCAGAAUAUAAAAAGCAAAAAACGGCUUUGCUUUGAAGCGCCCAACACCACCUCCCUUUUAGGUGAUGUUUGGACAGAGAAUAGGGGAGAAAUAUUUUUCUGAAUUUUUUGGUCCCCGUAAAUGAAACCACAAAGGAACGCUGGAGAGGAGCCCUCCCACCAUUCUGAAUCAUCUUCUGGUGGAUGGGGAUGAGGCACCACAGUGGACACAGAGCUCCAGGUGAGCCUUGAGGAGGAGAAAGCAGCACAUGGUCAGAAGGGCAUGCAUGCGCGAUGUGGUGGUGUAACAUGUGGCAUUUGCGGGACCUCCAGCCUCUUCCUGUUGAAAGGAUAGGAGAGUCUGUGUGGACGCUGUCUCUCUGGUCGGGACCAUAAGGCCACACUCAGUCAGAGAGCCUCAGUCCUCUCUGUCCACAGCCCACCACCACACCCGGUAGAACCAGCAUCCUGCCCCGGAGCAGAGCAGAGUACAGCCAAGGGUCCAUAGAGUGUGUCAGGGGGUUAAUGCCAGAGGUGUAGAGACGGCAUCUUCCGCCUCAUGGCCUGGGCAGAGGAGUGAGGCAGAGAAUGGGGAUGAACCGGAGCAUCCCCACCAGAGUCUGGUCACCUGGCUCUGCAUGCAGGAAGAACCAGCCUCUGACACUCUGCCAAGCUAGGUAGAACACACACACCUGUUCACCUGCAACUAUGACUGCAAAUGGAAAAACAGGAUAAAAGAAUAAUACAAGAAUGUUGCGAUUCAAAGAUUCAAGACUAAACAGAUGGUGGUUUAGAGGAGAAUAUUCUUCUUUUUGUCUGUUUCUUUACUUGGGCAUUUAAUUGUUUCUGAGGAAGUGACUUGAAACACUACAGAGCCAAUAUUAGUUUAAUGGGAAAAAAGAAAACUGAAAAAAAAUUGUAUUCCGUAAAUGAUGUACAGUUUUUAUAUUCGUUAACCAAUGUAUUCUUGCUGCCUUCUAGAUAAUUUAUUUUGCCACACAUUACUGCACAGUUGUAAAUAACGUAUGUACUGUAACAUCACUCAGUUAAGUGUAAAAAAAUAAAUGAAUAAAAAUUAUCUUUGUAUGUACAGUUCACUUUCGGGCAGCACUUUCCCCCUCAUACCCAUGGGCCAAAAUGUGCACACGUUGUCAGUAUUUUAAAGACUCCAGUGCACAGUUGUAACGUUCCCAUCUAUAGGUUUUGUCCAGGGCUGGUCAAAAUGAGUUACCUGUGUUGGAAUCACCACAACGUACAUAGGCAGUACAAAACCCCACCGUUUUGAACAAUGCCCAAACUAAGGGCCACAACUAUAGUCCUCAGAUGUAGCAAAAUGGUUAUAAAAUGAUUUAAAGAAUAGAAUAGUUAUAUUAGUCAUUGCUUUAUUACACAAUUAUAUCUGAAAAAAAUCUAAACCAAGAAAAUGCCUUUUUACAGUGAAUAUUUUUAAUUUACUCAGUGUUGGGCAAGUCAAACAAGGGUACAUCUGGAUUGGUCAAGAAAGAAAUAACAACAACUAACAAGAAGGUGCCACUAACAAGAAAAACCAUAACAUUUAUAAUUCUGGGUGGGAUUUUGUUUUUGUCUUUUUCUUUCUUUAAUCUACCCAUUAAUUUGACUUUAAUUGUAUGUGUGGGUCUUUAUGAAUAAUAUUCAUUAUGUUGGAGAACUUUCAGGCCACAAGACUAGGGAUCUGAUAGCCAACUCAAUAUUUGAAAUCCUUAACUUCCCUUUUUGAAUGUCACUGUCAUAGGCAUCAUAUACAGGUUAACCGUUUUUCAGGCCACAUCAGAUUGACAUGAAUGUUCCUGAUCUCUUCUGUGUACCACCUAAAACUUCUCCUUUUUAGGAAAGAUACAGGCCACAUUCCAUAUUGGUUUUAAAAAUGUAUUAUUGGUUUAAUUAUGGAAUGUGUUAGCUUCUAAACUCCCUGGGUCCAUACGUGAACAUAGAAAUUUCUUUAAAAAAAUAUCUUGUCUCAAAAUGCACAUCAGCCAAUUCAAAUCGUUUGACGUCGUUGCAUUUGAUAAAAUGCUAAAUGUUAGCUCUUCCCAUUAUAUAACCAGACACACACAGCCCUAUGCUAACCUGACCUGAUGGCAGUGAUUGUCAGGUUAUAAAUUAUGCACCAGUCAAUUUCAAAUCUUGACUUAGAUGGAUGGAAAUUAGAACCCUUUUCCAUGAGAGCAUCCUUAAGAGGUCAACCGGCACCAUCUGCUAAUCAAAGUUAUAAAAAAAAAACACGAAGUUUCAACUGGACCAAUAACUCAACGUAGCGAGCCUGGCUCCUGGUCAUUCUUGCCAUUUGCAACUGUCUGCCACUUUUCAGAAUGGUGCUUGUUGAACUUACAAUUGUGAAUUUGGGCUUUACUACUAUAGACCAUAGAAACAAAUUGAAUAACACAUUCAUAAAUGGAAAAACAGACAGUAAAAAGAUUUAAUCAUAAGGAAUAAGGUUUUGAAGUGACUGUCCUAUAUCUAGGAGAUCAGGAAAUGUAUAUAUAUUUUUGGGACACAUAUUUAACCCCUUUUUUUUGGCACAAAACUACCUCCAUACUUCCAUUCAUUUGUUUUAAAACCGGUACCAGGGUUAUAUGUACCGUGACAGUUGUGGGGGUCAUAGAGCAAAACCACGACCCCAUUGUGUUCUUGAUAGUCUAAUCUUUCCAUAGACUGGUCCUAUUAGUUAGUAGGCCAAACGUUUGGACACUAUAGACAUUUUCGUGAGAAGACUGAUUUUCAAAAUGUCUCCUGGUCUGACAAACAGCGCUGUAGCUCUGCCACCGACCACCGCAGAUGCGGAAGGCCGACAUCGGCGGAUGCAGUGGAUGGAGAUGCAUCCCAUGCAAAACAACAUAUCUCUAGCUUAAACUGGCAGAUUUUUAUGGGGAUUUGUUUUAAUAUUAAUUAGAUUUGUCACACAGGUACGUUAAUAGACUUAAGGAUUUGAAUGAAGUUUAGAUCAAAGCGGAGUCGAUGUCUCGCAAGAUCACUUAAUGAUUCAUUAGUAUUCUACAUAGGCCUAACAUACUGAAUAGAAUAGCAUAGUAUAACUCUACUGUUAGACCAAAAUCACCACUUAUUUUCUUAUUUAGGCUACAACAUUUUAUAUGCAUUAUUAGAAUCAUCCACUUGGUCAUAAAUUGAUUAUUUGAAUCGAGCUUUGAGGACCACUAGUAAAGUUAUUUCCUUAAAGGGGCAGUGCAGUCAAUCACUUUCAACACUGAGGUUGAAAUAAUACAGAUAUGAAAAUUAUGAUAAUGCACUUUUAGUGUAAGAGCUGUUUGAAAUGUCAGCUUGUUUGGCUGGGUGGGGUUUUUGGACUGCCUGGUGACCAGGCAGUAUAAGUUUAAUAGGCCAAUAAUUUAGUUUUCAGGUUACACAUCCCUCCCAUUAGGCUCCUCCAAUUAGGCCCCUCCCAGACAGUCCCAGCAAAGUUCUUGCUGGAGAAUCAACAUUUUUUUUUUUUUAGAAGCUACUGUAUUUUUGACCAUUUUAAUUGAAAACAAUCACAGUAAGGUACUUAAUUGUUACCCAGAUAUUGAGAUAAAAAUGUUGGCAUUACCCCUUUAACAAAAAAGCUUGACAUGAAGGGGUCUAACCGCCUUAAUUGCAUGACUCCUCGCAGCGAUGGUGAUAGGGGUACAUGAUGGAUAUUUGACAAUACCAUGAGGCUCUUCAACUUUCUUUUUUUUUUUUUGCAAUAUACGAUUAACUUAAAUGACCUUUAUCUUUUUCCCGUUAAAGCACACGGAUGUGUGUGAAACGGAUAAGCAAAAACUUUGCCAUAUAUGCAAAAACAUGCCUUUUGAAUUUUGUCUAGUUAGUGGCUAGCGUCAUGCAAUGUUGGGACGCUAUACUUUACAGACCAAGUGGAACAAAAGUAAACCUUGAAUUUGGAGGCUUACAAUAUCCCUCUGGUGGAAAAGUUGACCUAUAAUUAGAAAUGCCAUUUGGUUGGUGGAUAUAAAGUCUGUGAUCUUUGAUAGACUGAUGUGGAAUUUGUUCCAGGAAAUAAUCACUGCCAACUAAUCAGGUUAGCAUAGGGCUAAAUGUCCCAGUUUAUGCAAUGUGGAACAGCUAACGUAACAUUGUCACAUGCCACUAUGUCAUGAUUUGAAAUGGCUGAUGCACAUUUUGAGACAGAGAGUUUAAACUCAAACUUUUUCUAAUGUUCAAGUAUGGACCCCCUCUAUUUAUCUAGUUUUGUACAGUAGUGGAGAUAUGUUUACAGUAGUAGAAAGUGCUACUCUUCAAAUACUCAAAGGGUGAUCAUACUCCUCUGCGUAACAUAGGUAAAUUGUUUCUUUGAUUUAAAAGAACUAGGUUUGACUUACAUGCCCAUGAAUGAGAUCUUUUUUAAUUAGCCUUUUAAUCAAAAUCCUUUUUUGUUCAACUCAGAAAUCCUUUCUAUGACCAAUCACCCAGUUUAUUCAGAACUAUUUAGUGGACAGAUAUUAAAAGGCAGGUAGUUUGUUUCACUAUAGCUUCUCAACUGUUCCAAGUGUAGGUGUAUGUAUUUGUCAGGGGUUUCUUUGAUUCAUAUUCAGUAGGCCAUCAUACUAUACUCUUGGGUUGUUUACCAUGCUAAGAGUAAGGCCUAGACUAGACAAUUAUUAAACGUUCACCUCAAUUUCAUGAACCAAAAAGCAGACUUAGUUAACUCGUACACAAAGGGGGGGAAGAAUGUUGCAAAAGUGAUAGUUAAGGAUGUUCAUGUUUUUUAUCCAAUUGGAAUAUUUGUGAGAAUUGAUUGUUUCUUCAUUUUUGGUGGGUCCUGAUUUUUCUUUUUUUAAUGUUUUGACCUACCACAUAGGAUGCCUGUCAGUCAUCCUAAUGGCAAUAUCAAGUGACAUGUUGUGACGUUAUGUACACACGUUCAACAUAGCUGUGUAUGAUAUGUCUAUUCAAGUGCAAUGGGUGUUGCUACUCCAGUGUACGGGCAGUUGACUAGUUGUAGUCCUGGACAUUUUGAAAGAGGAAAAUCUAGUCAUAAAGCAGUAAAAUCAUAAAUAAAUGCCAUAGCAUAGGUAGUCAGGGUCAUGUAGACUUCAGCAGUUUGAUUAAAGCCCUCAAUUGUUUUUUUAUUUUAUUUAUUUUUUGGCUUUUUUUCUGAGGGGGAGGGGCAGAUUUGUCAACAGAAUUCUUGUGUGUUUCAGAUCCGUGUAUGUAGUGUUGGGUGUUGUCUUUGUCUUGUGUUUUAUGCUUCGUACAUAAGAAAAAACCAGUGGCAUGUCAAUCACUUCUUAUGAGCAGAAUGUAUACCAUUACUACACCCUCACACCCUCAAUAUUGUUUACAAGACAUCAAGUGUGUUUCAGUUUCGUGUCUCUCACCUUAAUGGUUUGAGCCCUGCCUUGAUUUCUUUAUUUGAUCAUUUAUUGAACCACAAAGGCUUGAAAUUGUGAUAGUUAAUUACAGUGUCAAAUCCAACCUCGGUAUUCAAAGCUUGCAGCAAACAUACAGAGCAAUAGUUUUAACCUUUUAAAAUGUGUAUUUUUCAUUAGCAUUUAUUUUAAUACAUUUGGUUGAUAAAGACAACAUCCCCUGUGAUUUUUGUCCAGACACUGGUGUCCCUUACACAUGUCCAAAUAUUAUUUCCAAGACACACCAGUGAAGAAUCAUUUCUAUUAGGAAAUGUAACAAACACCUGUCUCAUUCCCAUCUCCCCCCAUACAGUGAACCACUUAGUCAUGCCCUAGAUUACCCUGUGACCUCUCAUCAGUCUGUAACAAGUUACCUCUACUGUGUCCAUCUGAGUGUUCAUUUAAUAUUUAACUGGACAUACUGUUAUUUUGCAUAAUAGAAUCACAAUUUCAAGCCUUUUUCUAGUUUUCUUUUUCUCCUUUAUUGAACAAGACAGUAGCUUAUUCUUUAGAAUGGGAAAUGACAAAUAAAGCAUGGAGAACUACUCUUUAAAUGGUAACAAAUAACAUAUUUAUUAUCUUUCCGACACCUGUGGUAUGUUUCAGUUAAAGGUCUCCGCUGUGUAAAUUUUCCUCCUGUAAUGCGUUGGAGACAUUGUACAUAGUUGUAAAUAAAUAUCCCAGGACGUUUUGCACCCUCCUCUUUGUACUAGUCUAAACUUGCGUAGAAUGUGGGGUUCUAACAGCAACGGGACAGUGCGUUCGCUGCAGGUGAUGUAACAAUGUCACUUUUUUUAUUUGUACAAUGUAGUUGAAUUAUGUGUACAUAUUGUUGGAGCAGCUAUGGGGGAAGGGGUUUGUUGAUGCUAUCGUCAGUGCUGUAAAAGAUCCAGUACUUUCACCUCUAGCUGUGUUGAUUUCCUGCAAAAACAAAGGCGAGAAAAUAAAAAAUACUAAACGGAGAAGUAAAAAUUCUAAAUUGUUAUUUUCUACAGUUGCAUGUACAGAGAGCGCGAGAACUGCUGUUGUUCCUCAGAGAUUAUGUUCGUAAAUAAAAUUUUGAAAUAUU